CCUGGCUCUCUCGCUCCAACUACACCACUGCGCCGGAGGCCUGAUAGUGCUGCACCGCACUCACCGGAAGUAGUUGACUGGGCGGAAGCUUAUCCACAGGAAGUGGUAGGCGUACUUUCUCUUCCGGUCUCUUUGGCCUCGCCGGUAGAAGCAAGAUGACGAAAGGAACGUCAUCCUUUGGAAAGCGUCGCAAUAAGACGCACACGCUGUGCCGCCGCUGUGGCUCCAAGGCCUACCACCUUCAGAAGUCGACCUGUGGCAAAUGUGGCUACCCUGCCAAGCGCAAGAGAAAGUAUAACUGGAGUGCCAAGGCUAAGAGGCGAAACACUACCGGGACUGGUCGGAUGAGGCACCUAAAGAUCGUCUACCGAAGAUUCAGGUACAGUUUUGUUUCCCAGUCAUUGGUCCUUGGUAGUUCUGUUUACUUGUCACUUCCCACUCUUGGUGAAUAAGUAAUCCUCCUGGGGUUGGUUUUUGGCUUGAAACACCCACAUUCGUCCAGACUGUAUGAAUGGUAUCUGAGAGGCAGAUUAUUUGGUUCAGCCCCCACUUCUUCAGAUUUUGCUCAAAUGUUCUGGAUACUAGUCAUCAGUCCUAACAACAUGGGAGACUGGGCCUUGGUGUUCCUUAAAAAUCCAGAAAUCUCAGCCCCCUCUCAGAUUGUGCUGUCGUCUGUAUUUUGACAGUUGCUAUAGUAUUUGUCUUUGUAUUUACACUUUGUUUUGUGGGCUUGCUCUGUGGUGAUUUGCUAGUGUUUAGUAGGCUAGUGGUGUGUUUUAAGUCCAAUUAACCUUCAUGUGCUUCAUAUCACUCAUCUUCUGUAGAAAUGAGUGUUUCUUACCAUUUAGACUUCUAAGUUGAGCAGUUUCAAAGGUUCUGUUAAACGUGGUCGGUGUUUUUCUGUUACUAAAAAAGCAUGCCAGGGCCUGUCCUUUAUAGCAUAAAGAAUAGCUUCAUAAAUAGUUCUUGUGGAAAUUAGAAAGUUAAGCUCAAAAUUGUUGAGACAGUUAACUGUAAUAUAAUGUGGGUGUUUUGAUUGGGGUAAAAUACUAGCUUAUCGAUGAUGUCCUAAAAGUAAAUGUCUGAACAUAUGAAUGCUAUACUGAUUUCAGCAUUUAACUGAGAUAAGCUCAUGAAGGUCUUCUGAUCAAUUUGGAAGUAAUGUUUGGUGUUGCUGCAUUAACUUCUCUUGUCUUUAACAUGGCACAGACAUGGAUUCCGUGAAGGAACAACACCUAAACCCAAGAGGGCAGCUGUUGCAGCAUCCAGUUCAUCUUGAGGAUUUCAAUCGGUCAUAAAAUAAAUGUUCUGGUUUCAAAAA